UGGGUUUUUUAAAAUCGACUGUACGACGAUGUUCAUCCUGGUUAGCUCUGUUUCGAAUUUUGUACUUCUAGCACUGCAGUAUCGCAUUUAAAAUUGCCUAUUUUUUCGAAUAAAAACAUUUAAUUUUCUUUCACCAACCUAACCCAACAAAAGUCACUAAAUCUUAAACCCACGUUGUAAUCUGUCAACACCUGACAUAACCUGAAAACCCGUUUCUUAUUUCGACUGUGUUUUUGUGUUAUAAUUAAAACCCCAAAAUGGCUUCUCUCCCGGGUUUCGCCAACCCCAACGAAGCCGUCGAAAUCGACACCCCCGAAGAAAAACCCAAGAAGAAAACCUCGAAAAAAAGCGGCGGUUUCCAGUCCAUGGGGCUCAGUUUCAAUGUCAUCAAAGGUGUUACGAAACGCGGCUACCAGCAGCCUACCCCCAUUCAAAGAAAAACCAUCCCCCUUGUCCUUGAAGGCAGGGAUGUUGUAGCUAUGGCACGCACCGGCAGCGGCAAAACCGCAUGUUUUCUCAUCCCCAUGUUCGAGAAACUGAAAAUGCGAAGCGCCAAAGCGGGCGCUCGCGCUCUUAUAUUGUCCCCAACGCGAGAAUUGGCUCUACAGACUUUGAAAUUUAUCAAGGAGUUGGGGCGCUUCAUGGGGUUGAAGUCGGCGGUGAUUCUAGGGGGGGACUCCAUGGAUGAUCAAUUUUCGGCGAUUCAUGGCAAUCCGGAUAUUAUUGUGGCCACGCCGGGCCGAUUUUUGCACGUGUGUAUUGAAAUGGAGCUGAAAUUGACCAGUUUGGAGUAUGUGGUGUUUGAUGAGGCCGAUCGUUUGUUUGAAAUGGGGCUGGGGGAGCAGUUGAGCGAGAUUGUUAAUAGGUUACCGGAUUCGCGACAAACGGUGUUGUUUUCAGCCACGUUACCGAAAGUGUUAGUAGAGUUUGCCAAAGCUGGGUUAAAUGACCCAGUGUUGCUGAGAUUGGACGUCGAGUCAAAAAUCCCUGAAGAAUUGCAGUUGUGGUAUGUCACAGUGCGACCAGAGGAACGAGUCGCCGCUCUACUCGUUCUACUAAAAGACUACAUUGACAGUCAACAACAGACUAUAAUUUUUGCGGCCACUAGACACCACGUGGAGUAUCUUCACAUGGUUUUAGACCGUGUGGGUAUAAGUAACACCUAUAUCUACUCAAACCUGGACCCUUCUGCUCGCAAAAUCAAUGCUGCUAAAUUCUCAACCGGAAAAGUCAAAGUUCUGGUGGUGACAGACGUGGCGGCUCGGGGUAUCGACAUCCCCCAAUUAGACAACGUCAUCAAUUAUAAUUUCCCGGCCAAAUCCAAGUUGUUCGUGCACAGGGUGGGCCGAUGUGCCCGAGCCGGGCGCUCGGGGACCGCUUUCUCGUUGGUGUCACCAGACGAGCAUGCGCACUUGCUCGAUUUGCAUUUGUUUUUGGGGCGACCUCUGGCCAUCGUCACGAAAAACGGCGAGGGAUCCGUGGGGAAGAUACCCCAAGGGUUGCUGGAGGAGCAGCAUGAGGCCUUGUUGACGUUGCACGAAAAUUACGUCGAUCUGGUAAGCAUGAAAAAAGUCACGGAAAACGCCUAUAAACAAUAUAUACGAUCAAGACCAGCGGCUUCCUCGGACAGUAAUCGUAGGGUUAAAGAAAUGCCGUUUGACAAAUGCGGCACCCACCCCAUAUUUAAAAAACGUGACGACUAUGUGGAGGAAGAAAGAGAAAACUUGUUGGACCAAAUGAAGAGCUAUCGGCCACAAGGGACGAUUUUCGAAAUUUGUGGCAAAAACAAAUCCCAGGAGUACUUAGCAAUGAAGCAAAAACGCUCCUUCCAUAAAGAAAAAAUCAGUUCGUUUCAUGAAACUCAAGAAAGGAAAGAAGCGGAAAUGGAAGGUCAAAAUAAAAGUGAAAGCAAUUUAGCCAUAAGUACGAACGAAGAUAUUGAUGACGCUUUCGAGAAGGUAAUUCUACCAAAAAAACGAAAAUUGGAACACUUGUAUAAGAAAAACAAAAAACAGAAGCUGAGGGAUGACAAUUUCAUACCGUAUUUACCGGCGGAUCGGCACACAGAAGAAGGCUUAGCGGUGAACAAUUUCCAAAAUGAAGCAACCAAGGUACAGCUCGACCUCACUCUAGACUCGGAAGACGCGAUGAGGAAGAACGCGCAGACGAAGAAAUGGGACAGAAAAAAGAAGAAAAUGGUGGCAGUGCAAGAUCAGCGGACUGGGAAAAUUAGAACGGAAUCAGGAGUGUGGAUUCCGGCCACCUACAAAAGCAACAGAUACGCGCAAUGGAAAGAAAAAUCAAAAAUAACCAACGAAAGUGACGACGAAAACGAAAAUACCAGUCAGUCUAGAUUGCAAACGCAACCCAACACCCAUUGGGCUAAACACAACAAGAAACUCAAACUGAAGCAACGAAAAUCCGAGUUGAAAACAACUGAUCAAAUCCUGAAAGCGCGGAAAAUCGCAGACAAGAAAAAGAACAAACAGAAAAAGAAAGGGAAAAAAUCAAGAAGAAACAAAUAAAUUUAUUUAAUGUUUUAA